AUGGAUAUUCGGAAUUUUUUUGGCGGCAAGUCAAGUCAAGGCUCGAGCCCAGCUUCCGCAAAGCCUCCGGCCAAAAAAGAGGAUGCCUCAACCUCCAGAAAGAAACGCAGCAGGAAAAUCGUGGAUGACAGUGACGAAGAAGAGGAUUCAACGCCUGCGAAACCGUCGGCUUCUAAAGCGAAGCCAAAGAGUCAAUCACAGCCUGAAGAGACCAAGGGAGAACCUACAACUUCCUCCGACUAUUUCGCCUCUAGCAAGAAGAAGGGAAAGCCUACCAAAUCCACGGAACAGGCUCAGCUUGACAACACCAAAAGGGACGCCAUAAGCCCGAAGCCCAGGAAGACCACCGAGGAGCCUCUAAACAAGGGACGACCGACUGCUCGCAGUUCAACAAAGAAAGCCACAAAGAUCAUCGAGGAUGAAAAACUAGGCGACGAUGACAUUUUUGCGUCAGAAUACGCGAAGGGCAGCAAAGGAGACGACGCUUAUGUCGAUGGAGACGAUAGCAACGAAGACAGUGACUUCGAGAUGCUUGAGGUAAAGCCUGUCGCUGCGGCUCCCAAGAGGGGGCAGAAAAAGAAGCCUGCCCACGAUGAGGAAGAUGAUCUUAUUAUGGAAGACCUUCCCCACACACCUGCCCCCAAGGCCCGACCAGGCCGCAAACGCAAGGCGGAAACUCUUAUUGAUGAAGAUGAAGAUGGCGAUUUCGAAGAGCCGAAGAAGCAAACGAAAAAGGCAGCCCCGAAGCCGAAGACCACAGAAUCGCCAGCUGCAAAGAAGCAAAAGGCUAGCCCGAAGAAAGCUCAAAAGGAGGCCAAGUCAGAAAACAAAGAGAUCCAAGAUAUUUUCGACAGUAUCCCCACCAUUGAUGCUCCAGAGCCCCCCAAGGGCGAGGCGAAGAAAUGGAAGUUUGGACAGCAACAGUCGCGGGACCCAGCAAUGGCCGGGACCAAGGAGAUGCCUACUGGUGAGCCAAAUUGCCUUGCUGGCCUGUCAUUCGUCUUUACUGGUAUUCUGGAGUCGCUCGGUCGUGAUGAGGGCUCCGAGUUGGUGAAGAAAUACGGUGGCAAGGUUGUUGGUGCGCCCAGCUCCAAGACAAGCUAUGUUGUGCUCGGCGGCGAUGCUGGUCCAAAGAAGCUCGAGACCAUCGCAAAGCACAAGAUCAAAACCAUCAACGAAGACGGUCUUUUCGAGUUGAUCAAGAGACUGCCUGCCAAUGGUGGCAGUGGAGCCGCAGCCGAAAAGUAUGCUGAAAAACAGAAAGCCGACGAGAAAAAGGUUCGUGCUAUGGCUGCCGAAAUUGAUGCGGAGGAGAAACGAAAGGCUGCAGAGCUUGCGAAGGCCACGAAGCCAGCCACAACCCCCAAAGGCUCCAAGCCUGCCUCUACCACGCAACAGACACCACCCAACUCACAACCCGCAUCAUCCACUGAGCUCUGGACUACGAAGUAUGCCCCAACCUCGACCAGUAUGAUCUGUGGAAACAAGGCCCCCGUUGAGAGGCUUCAGCAGUGGCUGCGAAGCUGGCACGACAAUGCAAAACUCGAUUUCAAAAAGGCUGGCCCCAACGGGUCAGGUAUAUACCGUGCUGUCAUAAUUCAUGGUGGCCCAGGAAUUGGAAAAACCACAGCAGCCCACCUCGUGGCAAAAUUGGAAGGAUUCGAUGUCGUGGAAACCAAUGCCAGUGAUACCAGAAGCAAGAAACUUGUUGAGGGUUCCACCUUGGGUGUGUUGGAUACAACAUCCUUGCAAGGAUAUUUCGCCGGACAAGGCAAACAGGUUGAGGGCGGGAAGAAGAACCUUGUACUUAUCAUGGAUGAGGUCGAUGGCAUGUCUGCUGGUGACCGAGGAGGCGUGGGGGCCGUUGCCGCCAUUGUUAAAAAGACCAAGAUUCCAAUAAUCCUUAUUUGCAACGAGCGCCGACUUCCGAAGAUGAAGCCGUUUGACGGGAUCACCUUCGAAAUCCCCUUCAGACGUCCUACAGCCGACCAAAUCCGGGCCAGACUAUCUACCAUCUGCUUCCGAGAAGGCCUCAAGAUCCCGCCUCAUGUACUCGAUGGCCUCAUUGAAGGAACACACGCCGAUAUCCGACAGGUCAUUAACAUGUUAUCCACCGCGCGGCUAGACCAACAGGGACUCGAUUACGACCAGGGCAAGGAAAUGUCCAAAGCGUGGGAGAAGAACAUCAUUCUCAAGCCUUGGGACAUCGUCAGCAAAAUUCUCAGUGCUCAGAUGUUCUCCCCAAGCUCCACCACUACCCUCGACCAGAAGAUCCAGCUCUAUUUCAACGACCACGAGUUCAGUCCUUUGAUGCUUCAGGAAAAUUACCUCAAGACAAGGCCCACGCUUGCGGGCAAGUACCAGGGUGCGGAACAGCGAUUGAAGUCGCUUGAGCUGCUCGACGGUGCCGCUUCAAGUAUCAGUGACGGUGACCUUGUCGACCGUAUGAUCCACGGAACCCAGCAGCAGUGGAGUCUUAUGCCCACCCAUGCAGUCUUGAGUUUUGUACGACCUGCCAGUUAUCAAUUCGGAAAUAUGUCCGAUCGGGCUUCAUUCACUAGCUGGCUGGGCGCCAACAGCAAGCAAGGAAAAAUGUCUCGAUAUGUCAAGGAAAUCCAGGGCCACAUGCGCCUCCGCACUACCGGCAACCGUGACGAAAUUCGGGAGCAAUACUUGCCCCUGCUCCAAAAGAAGAUCAUUCGCCGACUCAUGGAAGAAGGCAAGGACAGUGUUGACUCAGUCAUUGAUCUCAUGGAUGACUACUACCUCACCCGCGAUGACUUCGAUGCCAUGCUCGAACUAGGACUCGGUCCGAUGAACGAGUCUAAUAUCAAGAUCGAGACCCAGGUCAAGGCCACUUUCACUCGUCUGUAUAACUCGCGCUCGCAUCCUAUGCCGUUCAUCAAGGCUAGCAGUGUCCUCGCUCCAAAGAAGGCGGCGAAGGAUAAGCCGGAUAUUGAGGAUGCGAUCGAUGAGUCUGAUGAGGAGGAAGUUGUGGAUGAGAUUAAGGAUGAUGAGGAAGAACUUGAUCUAAAGAAGGACAAGUAUGUUAGUUUGCCCAAGAAGAAGAAGGCGCCGGCUAAGGGCAAGAAGGCCAAGAAGGCGGCUGAUGAUGAUGAGGAUGAGGAGGAGAAGCCGAAGAAGGGUCGCAAGGCUAAGGCCAAGGCAUGA